AUGAAGGAUACGCUGCUCACCAUUGACGAUUUCAACACCCUGAUCGUCCAAAUCGAAGGCGUCCUUAAUUCCCGACCCCUUACUCCUCUUUCCUCCGAUCCCACUGACGUGGUUGCCCUCACUCCUGGGCACUUCCUCGUCGGAGAACCGCUGUUCUCCAUCCCUGAGCCCGAUCUGUGCGACAUUUCUAUUAAUCGGCUCAACUCUUUCCAGAAGAUGCAACAAAAGCUCCAGCAUUUCUGGAGAGCAUGGUCGCGCGACUACAUCGGCCACCUCCAAAACCGCAAGAAAUGGCCCGUGGUCCGCCCAAACAUCGAAGUCGGCACGAUGGUUCUCCUAAAGCAGGACAACGCUCCUCCAAUGCGCUGGAAGCUGGGCCGGAUCGAGGCGGUGUUCCCCGGCAGGGAUGGGCUCGUUCGUGUGGUGGAUGUCCGCACGGCGCACGGCACGUAUCGGCGUGCAAUCACGGAGGUCUGUCCGCUGCCCAUCGAGCAACCCAGCGAGGAACCAUCCGAGCAGCCAUCCGACCUACCAACCUACGCAGCUGUCCAACCAUCCCCUGAGCCUGGAGGCGCUUGCUUCUCGACCUCAAAGUCCGUGCAGCUGCAGCAGUUUUCACUGUUCUGCAAGUAA